AUGGGAGGAUUCGUUUCUCAGCCAGAACCUAUAAUAUCAGAUUUCUUUUAUUUGGAUAUAUCUACACUAACUUCAACAGAUAUGGAAACAUUACCAUGGACACAACUUACAGGUCUAGACAAUUUGUUUACAAGUUGGGGAACUGCGGUGGCCGGAGGUGCAAAUAAAGAUUUAUUUGUUCUUUUCGGUGGGCAAAUGACUCCCGUUGAAUCCAGUAGUAUAGUAAUUGUAUAUGAUACAAAAAGUAAUACAUGGUCCAAACCUGAAAUUUCAACUCUUACUGGUGAUGAACCUUUAAGGAGAAAACAAACUCAAGCUGUUAUUGAUAGUGCAGGUAAAAUGUAUAUUUUUGGUGGAUCAACGGGACCAGAAACAAAUUCACCGAAUUCAUUUUUUUUAAAUGAUAUGGCAAUUUUGGAUACUGUUAAUUGGAGUUGGAGUUAUGGAACUCAAGAUGGUGCUCCUGAAGCAAGAAAUGAUUUUUCCGCUACGAUCUUAAGUAAUGGUGUUAUUGUUUACAUUGGUGGAAGUAAUUCAAAUAACCGUUAUGUUCCUAUGACUCAGUUGAAUAUGUAUGAUACCAACUCUGCUGCUUGGAUUAAUAACAUUGAAGCUACAGGUGAAAUUCCAAAUCCACGCGCAACGGAUGGACGUAUUAUUAUUUACGGUGGAUCAUUUUUGAUUUCAGCAGAUGGUAGAUAUACUGCGGCAAGUCCUGAUUUGGCAGUUUUAAAUACCAGUAAUAAUAAUUAUGUGUGGAGUAAACCUAAAGCAAGCGGAACUACUCCUCCGACAAUAGCGUAUCACUCUGCGUAUUUGAUUGGAGAUCAGAUGAUUAUUUCUUUUGGGAAUAUCACAGACAAAGGACCGACAUCUAAUCUAUAUGCUUUAGAUACCAAAGAUAAAGAUAAUUAUAAAUGGAUAACAUCAAUGGACAUUGAGAUAUCAGUGCCACCUGAAACCGUUAAUUCAGAAAAUAAAUCAUCAAAUACGGGAAUAAUUGUUGGGGUAUUAAUUGGUAGUCUCAUUGGAUUAAUUCUAUUAGGAGGAUCAUUAUUUUGGUUCUAUAGAUUUAACAAAAACAGAAAAAUGAUGGAAGGAGUAAUAGAAACUCCGGGAGAAUCUACAGAUGUUGGAUUCACCAGAAGACGUGAAACAAUGAAUAGUGCUACAACAUCACAAUCUUCUUAUGACUAUAGUAGAAAUUCAACAAAUACUAAAGUAGAAGAAGGUGAUCAUUCAAAAGAAUUUCAUCCUAGAAGUCAUAUCAAUUAA